UUGAGAUCUCCACUGCUGUUUCUCUGUCUAGAAAUCCCAUUUCGGAACCCUAAUUUCUCUCUUUCUCAGUUACAGGUAAAUUAAGGUUUCACAAAGCUUUAAGCAGGAACGAAAAUGGCUGCCGGGAGGGCCAUUCAUCACCUGAUGAGGAAGUUGCAGUCCCAGUCGACUGCCCCUCCGGUAAUGUUUUCUUUACUGGGCAAACAGGAUCAAGAUGGAGCUGGCAUGAAGUCCCUCAGGAUGUUGGCACUUCUUGGAGCUGGUGUUUCUGGUCUACUGGGUUUUGCAACUGUUGCAUCUGCUGAUGAGGCCGAGCAUGGCUUAGCAUGUCCUAGCUAUCCAUGGCCUCACAGUGGGAUUCUUAGCUCCUAUGACCAUGCAUCGAUUAGGCGUGGACAUCAAGUAUAUCAACAAGUUUGUGCAUCUUGCCAUUCAAUGUCUUUGAUUUCGUACCGUGAUCUAGUGGGUGUUGCAUAUACUGAGGAGGAGACAAAAGCCAUGGCAGCUGAGAUUGAGGUGGUUGAUGGCCCUAAUGACGAAGGUGAAAUGUUUACCAGGCCAGGAAAGUUGAGUGAUCGUUUCCCUCAGCCCUAUGAAAAUGAACAGGCUGCGAGGUUCGCCAAUGGAGGGGCAUACCCCCCUGAUUUGAGCCUCAUCACUAAAGCACGGCACAAUGGUCAGAAUUACGUUUUUGCGCUUCUCACUGGGUAUCGUGACCCCCCUGCUGGCGUUUCGAUUCGAGAUGGGCUUCAUUACAAUCCCUAUUUUCCUGGAGGUGCCAUAGCCAUGCCAAAAAUGCUUAUCGAUGGUGCAAUGGAGUAUGAAGAUGGCACACCGGCCACGGAGGCUCAGAUGGGGAAAGAUGUUGUCUCGUUUCUCUCUUGGGCAGCUGAACCUGAGAUGGAAGAGAGAAAGCUGAUGGGCUUCAAAUGGAUAUUUGUUUUCUCUCUGGCUCUUCUUCAAGCUACCUAUUACAAACGCCUGAAGUGGUCUUUGUUCAAGUCUCGCAAGCUGGUCGUCGAUGUUGUGAAUUAAACUGCCUUUUAAAUAUUUUCAUUGUCCCCAUUUUUGUUGUUUUAAAUUUCCGGCGAAACGAUUUUGGAUUGGUAAUAAUUGCAGUGCAUAAUGUUGUUGAAGUGCACAUUUGCGGUCUUGCAUGUUUUAGUGUGUCGGUGGGUCAUGGCAGAUAACAGAGUAUCUCCGUAGUUCCUUGUAGAGAGAAAAUAAGCUACUCAAUAACUCUGAUUUGAUGCCAUUGUUUGCUUGACACUAAUUUUUUGUCUAUUUAUUUUAUGGUUCACUUCCAUUUCAUGGUGAAAUGGAACCGACAUGAAGGCUAUACAGCAUUCAUUCAAAUGAUGAUCUGCAUUUUGAUACUGUUAGAUGAAUAGAUGAUUAUUUUUGGUGA